UGGGUGUAUCCCGACUAACCAGGAAGAGCAUGGACUGUGGCCUGUUGACGAAUUGAAAAGUUCACCGGCAUGGCGGAGGCAUUUUUGCAUGUCGUGGCUGUAGCAGGCAUCUGUGCGACCGUGGCCGUGAGUGGCGCUUUAGACGCCGUCUCAGUAGAGUUGGGCUAUGAACACUACGCGGAGAAGCCGCUUCGCCACCUGCCUGCUUUCAUCGCUAUGCCAUUCAAUUCACUGGUCAAUCUAGGCUACUUGGUGCUGGGCGCCCGCUGGCUGCUCCGCACGGACCUCGGGAGUACCCAGGCCACCUACCUCAAGGACGUGUUCGCCUGGAUGGCCCUCGUCUACGGACCCGUGCAGUGGCUGCGCUUGGCCACACAAGCGCGCUGGGUGGCAGUCCUCGACCAGUGGUUCACUCUGCCCAUUUUUGCUUGGGUGCCAGUCUGGUGUGACUUCAUCGGGCAUGGUUGGCGUCCGUGGUAUAUGAUCGGAGUGGAAGUGACCUCCCUGGGCAGUUUCCUUCUCGCACUGCUGCAUGCCCGAGGCUUUGAAGCGUCUCUUCUGUGCCACAUUGCCUUUGCGAUCGCCCAGGGCUUCAGGGCACAGCGUCUUAUUGGCGACUCCACUUCGCGCCGCUACUUGUGGCUGGCGAUGCUGUCCUGUGCUGGCUUCGUCUUCCUAAAGCUGCUUGACCACGAGCUGGCAAACCUCUGGGCAUUCCGCCACCUUACCGGCCACUUCUGGUCAAAAGUCUGCGACGUUCUACAAUUUCACUUCAGUUUUUGCUUUUUGACACAUCUGACACGGCGUAGGACGCCUCGGAAAGCGCGCUCGGAGUAGGAAGACAGAGCUCUGAGACAUACAGCACCGGUCUGAGAAGAAACAUCCAAACUGAGGACCACAUCAACAUUCCAGUGCAGAGAAACUGCCCAAUGAGGGCGACUGUACCCCACCCCUUCCAGUCCAUGGGCCAUAAAAGCACAACUGACCAGAAGGAGGCGUCACUUUUUACCCAAGCAACCAGAAUAAAAGAGCGCCUCACUAACCGGAUGGCAGACGAAGCAGUCUUUAUUUCUUUACUGUAGUCGCCAUGUUAUCCUGUUGGCAGCAGUUUUUGUUUCUUUUUCACACCACCAAGUGUUGUUUUUGUUUGAUUCAUUCAGUAAACGAGGAUGGCUGGGUUGGCACCCUAGAACAUAUCCUUGUUUCAGCCUGUUAUUCUCUUGGAUGACCACAAAUGAUAUAUAUUGUUAUAAUAUAUUGUGGUCCAUGGCCGGCCUUUUAUCCUUUUAUCCCGGCCAAUACCCCCAGGCCGCCAGAGGGAGCCCUCCCUACGACAUGGAGAUGCUUCAAAUUCCAGCAGAGCAUCAUGGACUAUGGAGUUUUCCUGUAAAGCCUUGCUGGAUAACAUCAGGACUACCAGGGGUUGCUCCAGGGAGAACCAGGGACAAUCAUUUGCCUUACGCCCCAGAAGUACGUCCGAGUCACAUGGACGGGAGAAAUGACGUACUUCUGAUGAGAAUGAUGAGAAUGAGGAUGAGAAUGAGGAUGAGAAACACUUCCUGGGUCAGAAACUAUAUAAGAACUUUGGGAACUCCCAGAUGAUGAGCUGAGCUGGGAGGAAG